AUGUAUCGAUUAUCAUUAUGUUGUAUAAUUAUACUUGUUUUAUUUGCGAAUGAAAUUGAGCCUAAGUUUGCCAAACCAAAGGAAGAUAUACCUUGGAAUCUACAACGUCGAAGCAAUGCUAACAAUUUAAAGUCUCGUAGCGAUUCUGCUAAAUUAUCCAAUACGGAACAUAAAAAGAAAGACUUGGUUGCUGAAGAGCAAUCGCAUCCAAUAUUUGGAAAAGGUUUAGUUAAUGAAGCUAAGAAGACAUCCAGGAACGAAGCAUUGCAAUAUAAUGGUUGGCCUCCAUUUCGUCGGGAGGAUGAGUCAAAGCAAUAUAAUGGAUGGCCUCCAUUUCGUCGGGAGGAUGAAUCUAAGCAAUAUAAUGGAUGGCCUCCAUUUCGGCGAAGUGAUGAAUUAACACAAUACAACGGAUGGCCUCCAUUCCGUAGAAAUGAUGGAAAGGAGCAAUACAACGGAUGGCCUCCAUUUCGUAGGAAUGCUGGGAUGAUGCAAUACAAUGGAUGGCCUCCAUUUCGUCGAGAUGAUGAAAAAAUGCAAUACAACGGAUGGCCUCCAUUUCGUCGAGAGGAUAGAGAAAAACAGUACAACGGAUGGCCUCCAUUUCGUCGAGAUGAUGAAGUUAUGCAGUAUAACGGAUGGCCCCCAUUUCGUCGGAGUGAAGCAGUUCAGUACAAUGGAUGGCCUCCAUUUCGCCGAGACGAUCAACAGAACAAGCCCUAUAACGGAUGGCCUCCAUUUCGUCGAGAAGAUCAACAAAACAAGCCAUACAAUGGGUGGCCUCCAUUCCGUCGUGACGAUCAACAGAAUAAGCCUUACAACGGCUGGCCCCCAUUUCGUCGAAACGAUCAACAGAAAAAGCCUUAUAACGGAUGGCCUCCCUUUCGUAGAAAUAACUAA